CCAUUUGUUAACGGCAAUCGCCAUUAGCAAACGCACUCUCUUUUCGUCUUCGAUCCGUUUGCUUUGCCGGCUUCUAGUCACGUGCAGUGCUCUAAUUAUCCACAAACAUCUAUAAAUUACAAUGGCCGAUGAAUAUUUCUUUGCGUUAACGCUGAAAGGCGCGAAGGCUAGCGAGGUGUGGGACCCAGAAGCAAAAGGCGCUGAAGACUACCAGGGUGGCCACAAGUUGAUCAUUAAGCAGGCGUUGAUCGGGCCAGAAGCCACAGAAGGAGAGGUGAAUGUGGUGCAGGUUGAAGCCAUGACUUGGAAAGACUCUGUUAAAAUACCGAUAGCCUCGUUGAAAGCCGGUGGAGCAAACAACCAAGUGCUUUUAGAUUUGUCAUUCCCUGAUCCUCCAGUUACGUUCAGCCUGGUGCAAGGAAACGGACCUGUACACAUUAUUGGACACCAUUUGAUCGGUAGCCCGAUUGAAGAGUUUGACGAAAUGGACGAGAUGGAGGAGGAGAUGAUCGAGGACGAGGAAGGGGAAGAAGGGGCUGAUGAAAUGAAGAAUAGUAGAAAAAACAAACGAAAAAUUUCAAAUGGAAAGUCUAGUGAUAAGGAGGAGGAUGAAGAUGAUGAAGAACCUAAAAGCAAAAAAGCUAAAACAGUUAAUAAUUCAAAAGGAAAGACUCCUGUUAAGAACAACAGCAAGGCAAAGAAGUAAUUAAGUUUUUCUCUUUUUUUAAUCAUUUCAUUUUAUCAUUAAUACUGUUUGUCUCAUCGGAAUUGGACUUUAUUUUUGUGACCUUUUUUAAAGGACCAUAACAGUAGGUGAUGUUGAAGUGUUUUGACAUUGUCCAAUUUCUUUUAUUCCAUAAGUAAUUUUUAUGUGAAGUAUGUAAGAUGAAAGAAACCUUUUAGGUAUUUAUUUGUGAAAUUCAGUUGUUUGUAUAUACUACAAUCUCAUUAAAAUAGUUUUUUUCUAAUAAAA